ACGGAAGGUUCCAACGCCCGGUCCCAAAUAUUUUCUCAAACAUUGCGAUGCAUUGAAAUAUCAAUAUUCAGUCACCUCGCCGUAUAUCGUCUGUCGGAACUCGAGCCAAAGAGUUCACGUUUUCGGAAACAGAAAUGGACGGGAAUCACUCGGAUAUCGCUGUGGAUUCCGUCCAAGACUCCGACUCCGCUUAUGGAGAUGACUCUGGGUCAGAGUACACAUCGCUGAAGAGCAGCAUUACCAAUUACCGUUAUGAAAAUGGUAGACGUUACCAUGCGUUUCAUGCUGGGGCCUACUGGGGUCCUAAUGACGAAAAGGCAAUAGACCACUUAGAUAUCGGGCAUCAUGUCUUUUCGGUUAUGCUGCAUGGAAAGCUCUAUUUAGCUCCUAUUCCAGAGAAUCCUCAACGCGUCCUUGAUGUGGGAACUGGAACUGGGAUAUGGGCAAUCGAAUUCGCCGACCUUCAUCCGUCCGCUUCAGUCAUAGGGACCGAUCUGUCGCCAAUUCAGCCAAGGUUCGUCCCGCCAAAUGUGGCAUUUGAAAUCGACGACUGCUGCGACGAAUGGGUUUACAAAAACCCGUUCGACUUCAUCCACGUGCGAGGACUGUACGGAUGCGUCGCCGACUGGGACAAGUUCUACAAGGAAGCGUACAGAAACCUCAAACCGGGUGGCUACAUCGAACAGCUGGAGCAGUCGGUAUACCUCAAGUCCGAUGAUGGCACUGUCGAGAAGACAAUAUUUGAAAAAUGGGGCCAAGUAUCCCUUGAAGCUGGCGAUGCGUUUGGAAAGACGCUACGAAUCGUCGACGAAUCCCGUCAGGGAAUGAUCGACGCCGGCUUUGUGGACGUCGUUGAGAAUCGUUUCAAGGUGCCCCUGGGGCCGUGGCCGAAGGAUCCUCACCUCAAGGAGCUGGGCAAGUAUAACCGUUUGCAGUGGCAGGAAGGAAUAGAAGGCUGGACAAUGCUGCUCUUGACCAACUUUUUGGGGUGGACCCGCGAUGAGGUAGAACUUUAUCUGGCGGAGGUGAGGCGUGGGCUUCGCAACUCGAAGAUUCACGCCUAUCAAGAAGUGACGGUCGUCUAUGGGCGAAAACCAGAGUCCAAAGCAUAGCUGGCGUCUCCGAAUACCACCUUUUUUUUUUUUUUUGGAAAUGCUUAGGGGUAUGCAUAGGUUACCGCAGUGUUAAGUCUCUUCAACUGCGUACCCGGCAACCGAAGUGAGCCUGGAAGUCUUGAUUGUGUCUCUCUGCAAGCAGCACCAUUAGCAACAAGGUUAGCGUUGGGAUUCUGUUAAAAAUGGGUCGAAUGGGUCGACGGA